CUCAUCGCAUACGUUAGAAGCAAACAAUGGUUGCUAAUUUUAGUUCCUAUGUAAGCCAGUCGGAUUGACUAUAUUUUAUAUAAGGCUGAAUUCAGUGGGAUCUAGUCAUAUCGGCACAAUUGCAGAAUUAUCAAGACUCGACAGCACUGUACACUGCAUAGCUUCAUUUCCAAAAUACGUGGCAGCUAAACUACCAACAGACCAACUUUUGAAGAACAUUGUUUGUCUCUGAUGAUCAAGAUGAAGUGCCUUCUGAUAGCUAUUUUCGCCGUGCUGGCCCAGUGCUGCCUGUUUGCUGCAGCCGCACACGACAACGGUGACUGCGACUCGGUUCUCGAAGCAGCUCUGCGUCCGUUGUAUAGCCAACUGGACGUCUUUCGAGACCAACUUGAUGUGGUCAAAGCGUGUGCACAUGUCUCUUGUUGUACGAAAGCUCCGACAGACGUCUUGGAGUGCACUGAGGUGGGACCCUUUGGCAUGGAAGAUGGUCGCAUCCCAGAUGCAAACAUCACAGCGUCCUCAAUGUGGAGCAACCGUGCCGAUCACGGACCCACCAGGGCUCGACUUAACCUUCAAGCCGGUAUGGCCUCAGCCUGGUGUAAUGAUGAAGCUAGUGAUCCCGAUCCAUGGAUCCAGGUCGACAUGGGUUCUAAUGUGAUCAUCACUGGCGUUAUCACGCAGGGGCGCGGGGAUGGGAACUGGCCCCAAUGGGUGACAGAGUUCAAAGUGGCCUACAGCGACGAUGGCCAAGAUUGGACCAACGUCACCGAUGAUGGAUCAAGUGCACCGAUGAAGUUCCCUGGAAACUCGGACAAAAACACCCACGUGACCACCACUUUCCCGAAGGCCUUCCAGGCCAGGUUCCUGCGUAUCCUGCCUACUCAGCACAAUACACAUAGCAGUAUGCGCUUCGAGGUCCUCGGCUGCAACAGUCAUGAGUAAUUCCAUCGAUGCCAGCGCGGGAACACCUAGCUCUAAUGCUCGCUGGAAAUGUAACACACUGGAGCGGGGAUGCAUGUGUCAUGUGGUGUAACAUUUUAAGAAUGCUUCAGUCAAAACAUAAAGGCACGUAAGAAUAUUUGCAGUUACCCAGAAAAGUGUACCUACCGAUUUUAACAAGAAUACCUCACUUAAAAUGAAGAAAGAACUGUAGAAAAAAUCCCUGCCUGAAAGGGUAUCAAUAAUUGAAAAUGGGCACAAAAAUAUGUUGUUUCUUUUCUCGUUUUUCCCCCCUCAAAAGGUAUAGUAUCCACUGAGCUGAAACUCCAACAAGUAUGCAUCAUUCGUACGAGUUACAACGACUUUGUUGCUCAAAUGUGGGGGAUGCACUAAAAGCAAAUGAUCCGAUGUAAUAACAUGCCCCCAAAAAGGCAUUUGCACUUCAUGUGCUUUUCCAGAGGCCCCCGUUCGGACUUGGUCCCGCCUCCUACACUCUAAACGAGGGCUACGAUUGAAGGGCCCGGAACCAGUCUAACAGUAGACCAAUAUUUAUGACACAGACUUUUCCACAUUUUGAAUUGUCAAAUUUCCAAUGAGCAUUAGAGACAGGGGUUUCCCAUGCUACAUUGAUGCCGGCAAAAGAAAUCGGUUGAAUAAAAACAGGUGGUUAACAGAAGCUUAAAUUUUCCCUUUUUCGAUUUUUUUCCCCCAGAUUGUUUUAGAUUCUUAGGGACACAAUCAGUAAUAAAUACAAUGGCAUGUUUUUACAUAUGAAAAAUCAUUUUUGCAUGUAGUAGAAUAAUGGUGAAAGGGAUAUGUUUGCAAGACCAGCUAGAAUAUCGCAUUUUUUUUCACUCAAAAUACAAUACUUCUAUAGGUGACGUUUGGCCGGUUGCGCUCUUUUGGGAUCUAAAAACGUAUUUCUCAAGAAAUAAUAAUCAAUGAAAAGGUUGAUGACAAGUGGAAUAUAAACUUGCACACAACUAUACCUUGAAAAGUGACGGUUUAAUUUUUUAGUUCAAAUGGCUUUUUUUUACUGCUAGAAAUGCUUAAAGGCGAGGCAAAAAUCGCUGACACAAACGGGCAUUUUCAACAUUUUUUCUGGAAAUGUCAGACAUUUGUCGGGAUUUUCUUGGACCCAGAAAAAAAUCCCCAGAGGACAGUGCACGUAACACUUCGAUAAUAAUUACUUCAAUCGUAACAACCUAUCGUUUAAGUAUUGCGGACACAAUAAGAGGGCGCUAUUUGAAGGUGGUAAAUUUGAGUCAAUACAAAAGAGUUUACCCACUCAAAAUCGCUUCAUAAACCAAUGGAAUGAAUAUUAUUCAUGAACUGCAAACUAUUUUGUUCUACAACACUGUACAAUUCCAAUAAAUCUUGCUUGAUACUUUUGAAAUAUCCAAUAUAGCUUACUUUAUUAUAUUAGCAAACCUGGUUUAAUAUAUUAAUUUUCUUAAUAUAGAAAUGAGCAUAAUUAUAUAGUUUAUUAGUCUUUCUUAAUUGUCCUUUUCAACAAUGGUUAAGCAUAUACAUGUUGUUCAGCACAUGGUGGAAAUAGAUUUAAAAUAAAAAGCAGUAUAAACUUGCUAUAUUUUUUCAGCAAACUGUUUUUUUUUUGUUUUUUUUUUCUUUUUCUUGUUUUCCUUUAAAAUAUGAAGAGGUUAAAGGUAGUCGACACAAUUUGCAAAUAUUCAAACAUUAAACUAUCAAAAUAUUAUGAAAUAUCCCACUUUAUUGUAAAGUGAAUACAAUGUUUAAGCAUCCUGUGCAAUCGUUUGCCCCCAGUAUGCUGUCUUUUUCCAUGCAAGAGGAAUUGACCAUCAUUUUCUCGGGAUGGCUAUAGGAUCAAACCAUCAAACUGUCAACAAAAACAUGCUUUGUGCAUGAGAAAUUGAAGAUGCAUUGUCACAAUUUUCUCAAAAGCAUUACAUCCACUGCGCAUAAUUUCAAAGUUUUUUUUUUUAUAAACAACCUGCCUCAGACUUAUUGUAUUACUGUUUCUUGAAUCGGAAAAAAAAACAUUUUCUUCUGCAAAUUGUGGCCAUUACCUUCAAGCCCAUUAAAUUAAAUAUAUAUGGAGUAGGAGACAUGAUAGAGAAAGUUCGGCAUAUCUUUUCUCAUUUAAUAAAAGCACUUAAGAUAGAGUGUAAGCGUGCACCUGCA